UAGCAACGCAGUGCCUGGGUUGCAGCUCGCCGUCGCCUGGAGACGGAGGUAAACAGUCAGGCGCUCGAGUUAAAGGUACACGUGCGGGAGCCGCUGCGGAACUACAAGUGGGACUCGACGGCAGAGAUUGGCAAAGUUAAUUUUACAGAUCAAGAUGUCUGCAGACAUUUGGGUAGGAAGCUGGCGACCACAUAAACCAAGAGGACCAAUUGCAGCACUUUACGGUAGUCCAGGACCAAAGUACGCACUCCCAGGUGCUACAGGAACUUCCCAACAUGAUCCAAGAAAGUACAAAUAUCCUGCAUAUAGUUUUGGAGUUCGUCAUUGCUCCUUAACUAAUGAGUGCUCCCCAGGUCCUGGGUAUUUAAUUCCACCUAAUAUCACAAAAAUAGGGAGGGAUGGCACUCCUGCAUACUCUCUGUAUGGACGGCCCAAGGAUCUCAACCAGUUUAGAACUCCUGGUCCAGGGGAAUAUUCUCCAGAAAAAGCUGGAAGGUCUUCUUUUUAUUCAGCUCCAGCCUAUUCUCUUUCUGCUCGAUCUAAAGGAUUUCGAAAUGACCAGACACCAGGGCCAGCAGCAUACACUCUUCCUCCCAUGCUAGGACCCAAAGCUGUGACUAAAAGUUCAGCUCCUUUUUAUUCCCUGCGUGGAAAGAGCACUAUUGGAAGCUUCCAUGAAGACUUACAAAAAACUCCAGGUCCAGGCACGUACAAAGUGACUGACCCCAAUAUAUAUAAAAGCAAACUUCCUCAGUUCAGUAUGACAGGACGAAACAACAUGCCAGGUGAUGCAACACAGAAACCUGGACCAGGAGCCCAUAGUCCAGAGAAGGUGACAUUUGCUAAAGCCAAACCUCCCAGCUUUUCAUUUGGAAUCCGACAUUCUGAAUAUGUGGCUCCUCUCAUUGUGGAUGUGCAGGAUUAAAAAGUAUCUGCAGCAACUGGCCUCGUGUCUUGGAAAGGUGUAAUUUAUAUUGCAUAAAAAUCUGAAAAGGAAGGAUAAGUCACCAUUUAAAAAUGUUUUAUAUGUGCAUCAUUCCAUUUUAUACUGUUGAUGUAAUUGUUAUGCCUAGUUUUGAUAAUGGGAUAAAUAUCCAUAUUUUCACUUUUCUAAACUUAUUACAAUUUAAGUGAUAAAAUUGUUGAAUCAAAGAUUUUGCAUAUACAAUUACUUUUGUUAUGAAAAUUGAAUUUAUUUUGAAUAUUGAGCUAAUAAACAUUAACAUGUUAUACUUUCAUUCUGUAAUCUAUUAAACAUAUAGGAAUAACUCUAAGUUUUGACAGAUUCACUUUCACAUGAAGGCAUCAGUUUGAAAUGGAUAUGUUGGCUAAAAUAAUUGCACAAAGGGAAUCUUCUUAAUUAAAGUUCAAUAAUUAUUUUGUUGUUUUCAUGUUAAUAACAAAUGUAACAAUGUCUUAGGGUAUGCAAGUAUAUUUGCAUAACAGAGGAAAACGUGCUACUUGCAGAUGAAAGAAGUUCAAAGUGUGAUCAUGCAUGCAUGUUCAUCUAGUGGGUUUCACAUUUGAAGCAGCCACCAUUUCAUACAUUUUUACUUAAUUAUGUAAUUCGUGGAAAUGUAUAAUUGCACGUUUCUAUUUAAAGCAUACUGACACUCUCAGAGACACACAUCUUGACAUAACUAAAAAUCCAUGUUUAUUCUUAAAAUUGUGCACUGGAACACAUAAUUUUGUGAAUUUUCAGGGUUCAUAACAGUAUUUCAUAUUUUUGUAAACUUUAAUUACAUUUGAGAAUGAUAUUUUAUUGCAUGCGUAUCUUAAAUUCUGCAACUGAAAUCACCAUAAUGUCUACUACCAAAAGAAAGGUUGGAACUGAGUGAGGAUGUGUUAAGUGCCAAAUGUGAAUGCAAGCGUUUUCCUGCCCAUUGUUGGUAGGUGUGCUUUCGUUUAUGACCCUCCUUCACCGGCCUGUACAGACAAGCAAAAUCAAUAUUUUCAACAAUGUGAGUAAACAACUUUAAAUAAGAUUAGCUAUAUUAAUCAUUGCUUACUUACUUUGGAAAAAAUAAAUAUGCAUUAAUACUGUAACUAUUAUUUAAUCAUUACAGUACAUUUUAUGUCUAUCUUUUAACAGAUGAAUUUAAUUUUUAAGUUGUUUUUAUUUUUUUCACCUGAGCUUUAAGUGCCUUUAUACUGAACUGUAUGUUCUAUAUCACAAUAUGUAGCCCAACCUUCAAAUAAAUAUGUUCCUUCGA